AUGUUCUCAGACAAGUCAGUACCUUCAUAUUCAAGUCAAUAUUCAGCUUCAUCUGUGGAUUCGAACGAUAGUGAAGCGUAUGCGGCAGAUUCGAAUGUCGUAGAGUAUGGUCCAAUCAAGAUUCGUCAAAUACGAAAACCCGCGCCGACAAUUGCCACUGGCCGUCGGCCGAAGCAUCUAGUUCUUGUUGGCGAAGAGGCUCUCAAACGGCAGCAAAGACGAGAGAAAAAUCGGGAAGCGGCCAAGAAGCUAAAAGAACGUCGACAACUGAUCGAGGAAGAGUUAGGCCAAAAAUUGAAAGAACUCGAAGGUGAGCAUUUGACUCUACAAAGUUACCUUAAGCAACUUCAAGAAAGAAAGACAAAUUUGCAAAGUGAAGUCGAGAAUUGUCUCAAUGAUCCAAUCAAAGAGCUUUUAUCCAAUCAUAACCAAGACAUGCUCUCAUUUUUCGAGCAGUAUCUCGACGAUCCCGACCUAUUCGAUGAAGCCAUAGAAAAUAUGUUGAACUUUGAUUGA